AUGAAAAAUCAAUUAAAAAUAUUUUUUAAUUUUAUUUUAUUUUUAAAAAAGGUGUAUGGGUUAUUUAACACAAAUAAUGAGGAUUUAACAAUUUUUUUGGAAAAAUUAAAGGAGAUUAAACCUUUGAAUUUUAUUAAAAUUGAAAAUAAAUGGAAAGAAAUUGACUUUACUUAUAAUAAUAAUUUUAAAUGUUGUGAAAAUAAAUGUAUAAAUACAAACAAGACAAUUGGUAAAUGUACUAAAGGGAAUGGAUAUGUUAAUUUAAUUAAUGAUGGAAAUGUUAAUUAUAUUAGUUGUGGGGAAGGGAAAGGUGUAAAUAACACUUUUUUCAUUCUUGCUGAAAAUUCAUUCAAAAAGCCACAAAAUUGCAGAAAUUUGUCUUUGUUUUAUUUUGAAAUUAAAUGUAUAAAAAUUGAAAGAAAAAUAAAUGAAAUGGUUAUUGGACUUAAAAUGGAUGGGGGUGAUAAUAAAUAUAUUAGAUUUGGUCCACAUACUGCUUCAAUUUGUAAUGAAGAGGAUAAAAUGUUUAAACUUCCAAUAUUUUGUUGGAAUAAUAAGGAUGUUUUCGGCUGUGGAUUAAUUUAUCCACCUGAAGGUGUUCCCUAUGUUUUCUUUACUCAAAAUGGGAAACAAAUUGGCAAAGCUGUUUUGUUAAAGUAUAGUAGUGACUCCUAUCAACCUUAUAUUUUAUUAAAAUGUUGUUCGGUGGAAACAAAUUUUGGAGAAGAUUUGGAGACUAAACAUUUUGUUUAUGACAUUACAAAACAUUUAGUUUCCGAAUAUUAUUGA